AUGCGAAUGCUACUGGAGAGCAGCUGGAUGAGGUUUGGACCUGCAGGCAGAGGCUCGUACGACUGGGUGACAGGAUCACCUUCAACACAGGAGAAGCAGGGCUACAACUGGAAUGAGUUGGACCUGGCAGAGGACAGAAAGACGGAGCUGGUGCUCUAUGUUGUCAUACUGGUUGUCUCCAUCCUCCUGCUCGCUCUCCUGGUCGGUUUGGUCUACCGCCGGUGUUCUCGCAGCAAACUGAGUCUGGCCAACAUCAUUGCUCUGGACCUCCAGGACGCAGAGGGCAACGCAGAGUUCCUCUCCUCCCUGACCAGGAACGCAGAACGCCACACCAGCACCAGCUCUGAUGGAUCCGACGGAGUCUUCGUCAUGGUCUACCUGCCUCCGCCCUACGAGGAGACGCUCACCAAGAUCACCCGGGCCGCCAGCCUCUCCAGCUCCAAAGACGUGGAGUCGAUAAAGAUAGAGGACCUGGAGGCCAAGCUGUGUCCCGAGCUCAAGGCCAGCGGCCGAUAUGUGUGA